CGGUGCUGCGCGUUGAGGGCGGGGGCGCGCUCAGGGAGUGUGCUCUGCGCGCGCGUUGUAGCCGGUGUCUGCGUGUGUCGGGCUGUAGUCGCAGAGUGGUGUUGCAGGUUAAGCUAAAAUGUCCCCUGAAGUAGCCUUGAACAGAAUUUCUCCUUUGCUUUCUCCAUUUAUAUCCAGUGUGGUCAGAAAUGGAAAAGUAGGACUGGAUGCUACAAACUGUUUGAGGAUAACUGACCUGAAGUCUGGCUGUACUUCCUUGACUCCUGGACCUAGUUGUGAUCGAUUUAAAUUGCAUAUCCCAUAUGCUGGAGAAACAUUAAAGUGGGAUAUUAUUUUCAAUGCUCACUACCCAGAAUUGCCUCCUGAUUUUAUCUUUGGAGAAGAUGCUGAGUUUUUGCCAGAUCCCUCUGCUCUGCAUAACCUUGCAUCCUGGGAUCCCUCUAAUCCUGACUGCUUUCUGCUUGUGGUAAAGGAGCUUGUGCAGCAGUAUCACCAGUUUCAGUGUAGCCGCCUCCGUGAGAGUUCUCGUCUCAUGUUUGAGUACCAGACAUUACUUGAAGAACCACAAUAUGGAGAACACAUGGAAAUUUAUGCUGGAAAAAAAAAUAACUGGACUGGGGAGUUCUCAGCUCGUUUCCUUUUGAAGUUACCAGUGGAUUUCAGCAACAUUCCCACAUACCUUCUCAAGGAUGCAAAUGAAGAUCCUGGAGAAGAUGUGGCUCUCCUUUCGGUCAGUUUUGAGGACACAGAAGCUACUCAAGUGUUUCCAAAAUUAUACCUGUCACCACGCAUCGAACAUGCUCUUGGAGGUUCCUCAGCUCUUCACAUCCCAGCUUUUCCAGGAGGAGGAUGUCUAAUUGAUUAUGUUCCCCAAGUAUGCCAGCUACUAACCAACAAGGUACAGUACGUCAUUCAGGGAUAUCAUAAAAGAAGAGAAUACAUUGCAGCUUUCUUGAGUCACUUUGGAACAGGAGUGGUGGAGUAUGAUGCCGAAGGCUUUACAAAGCUCACCUUGCUGCUGAUGUGGAAAGAUUUUUGUUUCCUUGUACACAUUGACCUUCCCCUGUAUUUUCCUCGAGACCAGCCUACUCUCACCUUCCAAUCAGUCUACCACUUUACCAAUAGUGGACAGUUGUACUCUCAGGCCCAGAAAAAUUACCCAUACAGCCCACGAUGGGAUGGCAAUGAGAUGGCCAAGAGAGCAAAGGCUUAUUUCAAAACUUUUGUCCCUCAGUUCCAGGAGGCUGCCUUUGCCAAUGGGAAGCUCUAGGAAACACCAGCCUUAAGAGGACGCCAGCCAGACUUCUCUGUCCACAUGCAUGUCAGCACA